AUGGUGGAUAAAUCAGAGAGCAGUUCAUUUGAAGACCUAGCGUCAGCUGCAGCCCAUGAAAUUGAAGAAGCAAAGCUGGCGGAAGCCGCGGCGGCGGAAAAAGAAAGGGCAACUGAGUCGCAAAAUGAUGAAUGGCAAGAUCUUUUGGGAUCUGGGGCACUACUUAAAAAGAUUAUAAAGUCAGGUGAUGAAUCAGAAGGUUUAAGGCCACAUAGAAGUGAUGUUUGCCGAAUUAGUUAUGAAGUGAAAAUUAAAGAUGGCAAUGGAGAAAUUAUUGAAAAGAGAGAUCAAGUCAAGAUUUAUUUGGGUGAUAAUGAGGUUCUGCAAGGUCUAGAUUUGGCAUUGACUCUAAUGUAUAAAGGGGAAGCAAGUUAUCUCCACAUGGCUCCCCGUUUCGGUUAUGGCGAGACUGGCUUAAAACCUGGUGAGAGUCUUGGGAUUGUAGGCGAUGCUGAAGGGUUAAAGUAUGACGGACCAGUUAUUGAAUCAGACACAUGGUUAGAAGCAAAACUUGAAUUACUUGAUUGGACAGAAGAACCUGAACAUGACACAUUGUCUAUAGCAGAGAGAAUGGAAAUAGGUAUACGUCGCCGAACGCGAGGUAACUGGUGGUAUGGUCGGGGCGAGGCACAACUAGCCAUACAGCUUUAUCGCCGGGCGUUGGAUGUAUUAGAUGAGAGCGAAGGGGGAAUUACGGACCCCACACCAUCCGGUGAAAUGGCAUCAACAUCGGAUGCUCUCCAGGAGCUCUUAGAGGAGCGCUUGAGAGUUCACAAUAACAUGGCUGCUGCUCAGCUGAAGGCUGGUGCCUAUGACGCGGCUCUCCAAGCUGUAACUAGAGUUCUCACUUGCCAACCGAAGAAUGCAAAGGCACUGUACCGCAAGUCCCGCAUAUUAUCUGCGAUGGGUAAGAAUUCUGAGGCCCUGGAGGCUGCCAGAGCUGCUGCGGCGGCUGCUCCUGAAGAUGUCGGCGCCCGCAAGGAGUUGCAGCGUUGCGAGCUGAAGGCCACCAGAGACAGAUCCGUUGAGAGGCGGCUUGCUAAACGCAUGCUAGGGAAUGUCAACCCACCGAAGCCCGGGUCAACGCCUGAUAAAAAACCAUCCAGGGCCAAGAUGUUUGUAUGGGGCUCCCUCCUUUUAAGUCUGCUGACAUACACAAGGGAGGUCUUAGAAAAGGUAAUUGAGAUUCCAAGAAUGAUGUUACGGGAAGAU